GAGAAGUAGAAAAAUAUGAAUACUAGUAGCGGUGAAGGAGAAACCAACGGUCACUCAAGAGCAUUCAAGAGUCAUAAACACUUUGAUCUUUUUUUCUUCUCUCCCCCUUCGUUUCUCUCCAUCUCUGUUUCGGAACCCUAAGAAAAUGGUGGAAUCGGAGUUAAGCUAUGAGCAGAUUCGUUUGAAAAGGGUGGAAGAGAACAAGAAGAGGAUGGGGGAGCUUAAUCUCAACAAGCUCGCUCAAUCUCUUCGCGUCUCUUCUUCUCCUAAGCCCUCUCCUUCAAAGACAAGGACGAUGCGUAUGCCAGUGGAUUUCUCGGAGGUCAGGAGAUCAAGCCGUGCCAAGGGUCCACCUCCAAGUUACAAAGAGUUUGGACUAGAACCACUGGAGAGGCCAAGAAGGAGCUAUCAAAGAAGAGAUCUGCUGAACAGGGUAUAUGCUUCGGACGAGGCACGAGUGUAUGCAGUCGACAGGGCUGAGAAGCUCCAGUCAAGCUUAGAUCCAGAAUUCCCAAGCUUUGUCAAACCAAUGCUUCAAUCACACGUGACUGGAGGUUUUUGGUUGGGCUUGCCGCUUCGUUUUUGCAAGACACAUCUACCAAAACGUGAUGAAUGGAUGACUUUGGUUGACGAGGAAGAUGAGGAAUUUGUGGCGAAAUACCUCGUUGAGAAGAACGGUCUUAGCGGAGGCUGGAGAGGUUUCUCCAUUGAUCAUCAGUUAGUCGAUGGUGAUGCUGUCGUGUUUCACCUUAUCACCCCAACAACGUUCAAGGUGUAUAUCAUCAGGGUAAAUGAUGAUGGAAACAAUGAUUCGGAUGUGAAUGAAGAAGAUGAAGAGGAUGAUAUUGAUAUAAACAAGAAAGAAAAGGAGCAUGUUUCAGAAGCUAGACAGUUGAGAAGCAGUGGUAAAAGGAAAAGAGGAGGAAGAAAGUAGAGUUUGAAGGUUGGAUUGUGAACUCAAUGGAAGGAGUAGGAAAAGAACUGAAACUAACAAGGUUUUGUAAUGGAGACAAACAUGUUUAUUUUAUUUUAUUUUGUUGGUGUCAUGUAAUGGAGACAAACAUGGAACGUUACGGCUGAUAUUAUUUUGGUAACUAGCUACGUUGAUUUGAUAUGAUAGAUAUUAUAUAAUUUAUGA